AUGAUGCUGAAAAUGAAGAUUUUAAUGAAACUUCUUGUCAUUUUGAUGUUGAAUUUGUCAUCAAUUCAAGCUGUUAUUUUUAAUUCUACCAAGAAAGUUGAAAAUCUUGAUUUAAAUGACACAAAAAAAUAUUCAGAAUUCUUCAAGCUGGUUCAAAAUUUUAUAAUUGAUUUGGAUCAUGAAAAUGUGUCAGUAGAGUGCAAGAAAUCAAAUAAUUUGUUCAAAAAAUCGUUGCACAAUCUUGAAUUUUGGGCAUUGCAAAUGUUUGAUGCAAAUGCAAAAAUUUCAAGUGGUCUAUUGAAUGGAAAUAUUCAUCAAUUUGGAAAUUUUGAUCAAUGCAUCAAUACAGCAUCUUCAGGAAAUCAAUUCCAAGGAAAAUAUUGUCUGUCACACAUCAUGUUUGAUGUUCCUGAAAGUCUCGAAUAUUUGAAUCUUUUAAAGCACCGAAUGCUUGCACUGAAUCCAUUUGUUAGUGAAUUUGAUGAUGCAAGCCACAUAGUGCCAAAAAGCUCUGAAGUCAAAUGGGCAUCAUGCAUUCCAUCAAACUGUGCUGCAACAGAUCUAGGAAUUGCUAUGAAAGAAUCACUGACAAGAUUAUUUAACGAAUUUCCAAUAAAAAUUAGAAUUCAGAUCAACGAAGUGGAUUGUCAAGUGAGGAUUAAUGAAAAGUUACUAAGUGUUGGCGAGAAAUUAAGCAUUGGGUUGUUUGUGGCUUUAUUUACUGUUAUUGUUGCAUCAACGUUUGCUGAGUGCUUCUUUGCAUCAGAGAACAGCUUAAUGACGUCAUUUUCAUUAAAGAAGAACUUUAACGAGCUCAUAUUAGUCGAAUCAUCAAACAACGACAUCAAGUGCAUGCACAGCAUCCGCACAAUCUUAACAGUUCUUUUAAUAACAGCUCAUAAAGCAAUGGAACAUGGAUUUAAUCCAGUCGCACAUAAAACGCAAAUGAUUGAGUUCUUGCUGCAGCCAAUUAACUUAAUAUUUCGCAUUAGUUACCUUCACACGGAUGUAUUCUUAAUGUUCAGUGGAUUCCUUGUAACUCAAACUUUUAUGGCCAAAAUCAAGCGUGGUCAGAAAAUUAAUAUUUUUAAAGAAAUAAUUGGACGAUAUUUUCGACUCAUCCCAUCAAUUGCCAUUCUCAUAAUUUUUGUCACUUUUAUUCUCCCAAAUCUUGGCAGUGGUCCAUUAUGGCCAAUAUUAAUUGAGUAUCAAUCGGAUUUAUGCAAAAAAACAUGGCUGUCGAGUAUUUUCAUGGUACAAAAUUUAAUUGGAAUUGAGAAUAUCUGCAUGAUGCAUACACACCAUGUGGCUACAGACUUUCAACUGUUUCUAAUUGCACCAGUUGUUGCUGUUUGCUUAUGCAAAUAUCAUGAAAAGACUGUAAAGUUGAUAGUGCUGUUGUCGGCUGUGUCAACAUUUGGAAGAUUUUUAAUUGUGUAUUUUGGAGGCAUAUCUGUUUUCAUGACUGCUGGAAUGAGAAUUUCUGACAUCUUCAAGAUUGCUGAUUUAAUGUACAUUUUACCACCAUAUCGAUUUACUGUAUAUUCUAUGGGAAUCCUACUUGCUUACUACAUUAACAAACACAAAGGACACAAAAUAGCUUACAAAACAAUCUCAACUGGAUGGAUAUGGGCAAUUUCCUCGUUGAUAACUACAGUAGCAAUAAGUGCUGCAAAUGAUAAGCAAACUCUGAUGAGAGCUGCACUUUUUGCAUCAAUUUGUUCAAUCACAUAUUGUGGAUUUUUUGGAUGGAUUAUUUAUUCUUCGGAGCUAGGAUUUGAAAUUCAAUUUGCUGUAUUUCAUUACAAUAAUGGAAAAGUUCGAGGAUCGACACAAUAUAGCUUUUAUGGAAGUAUUGUGGAUCUCAAUGAGCUGUUCAUCAUUCUUUUAUCAGCAACCGUUUUGACAGUUUGCAUUGAUUAUCCAUUCAAAAAUAUUAAGAAGGCUUUUUCAGAUAAAAAGUCAGCAAAAAUAAAACAAUAGAUGCUUUAAAUUGUGAUAAUAUAAUUUAAAAAAUAGUUUUGUAUUUUAAUGGCAAGUAUUUUAAUUUAAAGAAUAAAAUCAAGAUGUGGAAAC